GUUUGUUGCUGUCGCCUGUCACAGAUUUGUAAAGUGUAGCGCCGCGAGACAGAACAGUCUGGAGCGCACGCACCGAGAAGAUGGAGCUGUCGGCGGAAGGAGAGCGGGUUUUCGCCGCGGAAUACAUCCUGAAAAGCCGUGUUAGGAAAGGUCGAAUCGAGUACCUGGUUAAAUGGAAAGGUUGGGCACUAAAACACAGCACAUGGGAACCAGAGGAGAACAUCUUGGAUGAUCGACUCAUCACAGCCUUUGAGCAAAAGGAGAGGGAGCAGGAACUUUAUGGCCCAAAGAAACGUGGACCUAAACCAAAAAACUUUGUACUAAAGGCACGGGCACAGGCUGGUGAUAGACCUCGGAGCUCAAAUACCCAACGCACUCCACCUCGCACCACAGCGAAGCCUCCCGCCUCUUCCACUUCUGCAAGUGCAGCUCCUCCUCAGCCUUCAUUAUCUUCUUCCUACAACACUGCUCCAACCCCCAGAGUGCACUCUCUCGCCGCUGCUCAUAAACUGAAGAAAGACAUCCAUCGUUGUCAUAGGAUGUCUCGGCGACCUUUGCCACGACCUGACCCCCUAGGCAACCCCAGGGGGUCCACAUCCUCAUCCCGUCCUCCCAUCUCUCCAUUCUCUGAAACUGUCCGCAUCCUCAACCGCAGGGUCAAACCGCGGGAGGUUAAGCGAGGACGCAUAAUCUUGAACCUGAAGGUCAUUGACAAAUCCGAAAACAGUGGCGUAGCAAGUAGAAGGACACCGCAGUCGUUCACGGGGCGGGCAAAAAUCCCAUCCCGCAAUCGCAUCAUUGGGAAAAAGCAUGGGGACAUGCCUUACAGGCCUUUCCAGCAUCCUAUGAAGAUGUUAGGCUUCCCGAUGUAUGGCCAACCAUUUGGGCUUAACCCCUGUGGGUCAAUGUCCUUCAUGGCCAAUGAAGGAUCCAACACCGGAGUCAAUCAGAGAGGUGGAGGCUGCUGUGAUAGCCAUUCCUCUGCAAAUGCACAGAAGUUUCAAUAUCAGCCUCCACCUUCUCCAUCCAGCUCCAGUGGGUCUAACAACAGCCCCCCUUCACCUCAGAAACAAGCGACUCAACCUGAAGCCCCAACUAAAUUGGACUCUGCAGCCUCAACAUGUUCCCAAGAUGCCUCCCAACCUCACCCAAAGUCCAGCUCUGCACCAUUCCUCCCUUCCUCACCCUCCUAUUCGACCUCCCCGUCAUCCUCUAUUGAAGACGAAGACCAGGGCUCUCCAAAUCGCGCCAUUUCUCGAGGUGGAAAACGGAAACUCCGACAUCGAACCCAGGUGGGUCGAGCUUCGGUCUGUCAGGUUAGUGACUGCACUACUACCCCACUUCCUGAGGAAAACAGGGUGCCAAAAGAGGGGGAUCCCGAUUGGCACCCUGAAAUGGCACCCAGCUGUGCCAAUGUAGUCGUGACUGACGUCACUACAAACCUUCUCACAGUCACCAUCAAGGAAUUCUGCCAGUCAGGAGCUGAACCCUCCUCCCCUUGCCAAGCUGAUAAACCACCCUGUCCCACCACAGCUGCCUCUUGAAAGUUCCCCCUAAAUGUCUACAAUAAAAAAUAUCUGCCCACUAAACCCCAUAAUAACUUGCCAAAAUGAUAUUCACGCACCCUAAAAUAGUUGCCGGUGAUGAAAUUAAAAUGUAUUUUUUGGGUGAAAUUAAGAUAUAUUGAAAUAAUAUUUAAAGGCAAAGGUGCUUUCCUUGACCUGUUCUUUUUAAACAACAUGUUAUUAUGGUUUUGUAGUACUUCAUGCUUUUUUCCCCCUCUUUUUUCCCCAGUGAUCCUGUCUUUCCACAGCCUUUUCCCCCCUCCCCCCAAGUAAUUGCACCUUGUCUUAUCACCUCCAGUCCUGUAGAGACCACCAUUUCCAUAUCUCCAGACCUAAAGCUCAGAAUCCACCCUAGAAAUGUUGAUCUCAACAGCUUUCUUGGACUCGAGAUGUUGCACCAAGACAUUUGUAAUCUUUUGAUGUCCGUUUUCAUUGGGAUACCGAACACAUGAUGCUUUGGAAGUUUAGCCAGUGUGGGUGAAGAUCCGCUCACGCACUUGAUAGAUAACACUUGAUGUGGCAAUAUGCCCAUUUAGGCAUCCAACCCAUGUAUUGAUCUCACCAACCUUCUUCCGUGCUAACGAAGAACUUUGCUGAUGAAGAACCCAAGUCAUUGUGAAGCUCGCUGUAUCACACGGGCGUAGACGUGACUCUAUUUAUAUGCACCAAGCUGCAAAAUUCUGAGGACAGUUAAGUUAUUUCCUUCUGCUUGAACUCCGCUCUGAUCCAGUUGUCUGCUGAGACUCUAAACCGACUCAAGUAUGAAUGCUGAGCACUGCAUCUGUAGUAUGGUACUGUACGUUAAACCUUCCACAUACUCAAUUCCCCACUUAGAGAAGUACCUUCUAAUACUUGCCUUCUGACUACAAUAGUUUGUGUUUCAUGUUAUAGUUACUGUAUUUUUGGGGCCGUUUACCAGAGGUAGUUUCUCUCAGAACUUGAUUGGAGGAGUUCAAAUACCAUUUAGAGACUUUUACACUAAGUGGGUUUAAAAAAUACCAAAUAUAACAGAUUGCCUUGGUUGAUGAAACCCUCUUUCGCACUCUAAAAUGACACAGUCCGGGACCAUGUGUGUUCUGUUGGUGACUGCAUGUUGUUGGCCCUUGAGCUCGUCCCGUGUUGUCUGCAGGUCCACCUGGGCGCUGGCAUUGACAAUACAGACCUGGGAUAAAGCUAGCUUGGUUAGUUAGUAUAUGCUAGGGAUGUGUCAGUACUUAUAUUUUGGAACUGGUCCAAAAGGGUACUCAUAAAGUUGCUCUAUCUAUCUAUCUAUCUAUCUAUCUAUCUAUCUAUCUAUCUAUCUAUCUAUCUAUCUAUCUAUCUAUCUAUCUAUCUAUCUAUCUAUCUAUCUAUCUUGCUAUUCAAAUUAUUAAAACAAAAGUGGUUUCUGUGCACCCCUAGUAGAUACACCACUUGCUGUCAGUUGUAGUUAAACAUUAGUUCAUCCAAAAAUGUACAUUCUGUUUUAGAAUUUUCAUUCAUUUACUCACCAUCAUGUUGUUCCAAACCUGCACUAUUUGCGUCAUGUUUGUCAGAAUGUUCCGUACUAUGAAAGUGGAUGGGGACCAGAGGCUGUAAAUUUCUGAAAAAGACAAAUGACUUGUGCGCUGUAUUCCAAGAUGUAUAAAGCCAUUCUAUUGCUACCUGUGUGGAAUGGGCAGAAAAAAAGCAAUGCACCAUUCACUUUCAUUGUAGGGAAAAAGGCACCUUGGACAUUCUGACGAAUAACUCCUUUUAUGUUUUACUUAGGAAAUGUUUCAGAAUGCAUGAAGGCAAGUACAUGACAACGGUUUUGCAUGAAUGCCAUUUAAUAUUUAAAAUUUUACUGAAAGCUAAAUGUUUUAGUUGCUGCAUGGUGUAAUUUUAUUAUUUUAGAAUUUAUUAAAAAUAAGUUGUGGGAUGCUUUUCGCUUAGGCUUUUUUGGGCAGUCCAGCAAGCAAUAUUAUAACCUGCUACAUCAGGCCUGAAGAAACAGGCUAACGCACCGUUUAUGGCAGCUAACCUGGUUGUACGGAAGGAUGAUAAAAUGUCAGACUCCACCAGAGGACAAACCUCAUUAUAAGAUUUAAUUAUAGAACACAAUUAAGUUCCACUUGUAGUCAUACAGUUGUCCUCUAAUGGAGCGUUAUUACUCUAUCACUGUGCCUUUAGGGAGAAAUUAAAACCUUACUUUUUUAUGACUUUUUUUUUUAAGUGUUUCCCCAAUUUAUUUACUUUUCUUUUAAUAACUUUUUAGUUUACCGGCAUCCAAACAUUAAUGUGAACCUAUCUACUCUCACUUAUUUUCCUUUUCAAAGUUCUUUAAAAGCCUUCUUUUUUUUGUUGAUAUUCAUACAUUUAUCCCAGGUCUGAAAUAAUUAAUGUUCUGAACAUAUCCCUGGUGCCACCCCAUGUAGGGCGCCACGUGUGGUGCAUCUGUACAAUAAUAUCUAAUACUGAAGCAUGUGUUGCCUUUAGCUGCUCCGUUCGAUUCCAUGAUGUUGUUACCUUUGCCUACAGUACAAAAUGUUCCAUAUACAAACAGUCAAGUCCUUGUUUACCUUUAUAUCCUUAAUGUUAGAAAAAAAAUAGAUGUCACUAUGGUGUGAAGCAAUGCAAGAUGGUUUCUACUAAAGAGGUAGUUUACCACUAUGAUAAUAUGUGGCCUACAUUUCAUGCAAUAGGGCUUGUAUUUUAUAGGAUGUAGCCUCCAGGGACCGUUACUGCACAGACAAGAAGAGAUUAUGUUUAUAAGGUAAGGAUGAAGGUAUACUGGAGGUUACUUCCUCAAAUUUCAGUGUCUGAAGUGUGUCUGAAGUUUUUUUUUUGUUCAUUUCAAGAUGAUUUAUUAAUUUUACCAUGCCGUAGAUAUGAAUGAUACGUGCUGCCUUUAUUUUGGGAGAAUGUAGAACCCCCCCAAAAAAAACAGAACUAAGUGUGAUUUAUAGGAGUCAUUUAUUUGGUAACAUGUAAGAUUAAUGCCAUUGAUGAAGCUGAUUAUGAUAAUGAACUUGUUGCUAUGACAUUGUAAUGUAGUGGGUGCAUGAUUUGAAAACCCUAUUUGUACGUCAUUUAAAUGUCAUGUGUUUGUUGCUUUGUGUGUUUCUUGAAAGAGGCUUUUAAUAAAAUCACUUUAAAGACA